AUGCCAAGCCUGUUGUCGCCAAUUCGCGUCACCUCCGCCGGCCACCUUCUCCUCCCCCCCCCCAUCAUCAUCAUCACCCACGACACCGCCCAACGUCGUGUAUCGUGCUGCUCCAAAAAAAACACCGCGCUCGCUCUCACUGGCCUCGUCCAUACGCAAAAUCCUCCCCCAUUUCCCCCAAAACCACAAACACCCCCCAUCAAGCGCAUCACGACCCAUCACUGGCCGCACGACUCUCUCUCUUCCCCGCAACCUCCGCCACACCACGAGUGCAGCCUCACCAUAUCGCCCGCCGCCUACAUGAACAUGGUCGAGAAGCGCCCCCACCCCGAAGGCCAGGGGCCCAAUGGCGAUGCAAAGCGCGCAAAGGCUUCAGACGCGAUUGCGGCAGCAAGAGCAAAGGCCGCCGAGAUUGCUGCCCGCGUCGCUGCGAAAAGGGAGGCUGCUAAUGGCGCCUCAGCCACUCCUCCCCCUGCGGCCGCCCCUCCUGCAAUAGAUGUUAAGGCAAGAAUGGAGGCGAUGAAGGCGAGGAUGGCCGCACUCAAGGGCGAGAGCGCAACCGUCAAGACGCCAACACCAGAGCCAACCGGCCCGCGCUUUGCAACAACACUGGGCAAUCGCCGCGCUGAAACACCCAAGGUCGAGGCCAAGCCAAAGACGGCUCCCAAGCAGAAAGAGACACAGGAAGAGGAACUGGAGAACCCAUACUUUGAUCCCAAGGCGGCGGCGCUGGCCAAGACGAGGGGCCCGCGAGUCCUAGUCUUCAAUGAGCAUGGAAAAUAUCUUGACCAGGCCUCGAAGCUGCGAGCUCAGAGCCGGUUGGAGCAAAUCAAGAAGAUGCUUGCGAUACAAGCACGUCGCGCUGGUCUGGACGAGAAUACCGAGCGUGGUUUCUUGGUGCAGUCGCCCCCGGAGAUUGAAUGGUGGGAUGAAGGAAUUGUGCCAGAGAAGAAUUACGACUGCAUUCAUGACCCCACCAAGGUCAAGAUUGACAACGACGAUUCCAUCAUCACACCCUAUGUACAGCACCCGCCUCUUCUAAAGGCGCCGCAGGAUCAGCGCUUGGUCGAGGUCAAGCCCAUGUACCUCACUAAGAAGGAGCAGGCGAAGCUACGGAGAAUGCGUCGCGCAGCCGACCUGAAGGAACACCAAGCAAAGAUCAGGCUGGGUCUGGAACCACCCCCACCACCAAAGGUCAAGCGUGGAAACAUGAUGCGUGUCAUGGGCGAGCAAGCUAUUGCUGAUCCUACUGCUGUUGAGAUGCUCGUCGAGUCCCAGAUUGCGCAACGCCACGAAGAUCAUGUCAGAGCAAACGAAGAGCGCAAGCUUACCAAGGAGCAAGAACAGGCCAAACUGGCUGCGAACCAAGAGAAGGAUGCGCAAAAGGGUCUCUACAUGUGCGUCUUUAAGGUCAAUACCCUGGCUUUUGGAAAGCACCGAUUCCAAAUCGACAACAACGCGAAACAACACUCGCUCACUGGUGUCACACUCUUCAACCCUGAACUCAACCUCGUCGUUGUAGAAGGCGGUGCCUACGCAAUGAACAAGUACAAGAAACUUAUGCUGCACCGCAUCAACUGGCAAGAGAACGCGCCCCCGACGGAAACCCAGGCCGAGAAACAAGCCUCAGAUCCUCAAUGGCUGAGGUCGCUAGAUGAGAAAGGAGAAGUCAAGGAUCACUCAUUCAACAAGUGCACACUAAUCUUCGAAGGCGAGAUCAAGCAACGUUCUUUCCGCAAGUGGGGCUCAAGAGUAUGCGAAACCGCUGGUGAAGCGCGCGAGACCUUGGGCAGGGCGAAACUUGACAGCUUGUGGGCGCUCGCCAAGAUAUUUGCAUGGAAGAUAUGGAGUUCUGGCGCGAGGUCUGCCCUUCAAAGGGGCACCAUCUUUGUGCUUAAUUUGUACCUAUCUGAGCACACGGUUUGA